CCCGGCCCCCGAGCCCGGCGCUGCAGGAUGCCGGGGGGCAAGAGAGGGCUGGUGGCACCGCAGAACACCUUCCUGGAGAACAUCGUCCGGCGCUCCAGCGAAUCCAGUUUUUUGUUGGGAAAUGCCCAGAUUGUGGACUGGCCUGUAGUUUAUAGUAAUGACGGUUUUUGUAAACUCUCUGGAUAUCAUCGCGCUGACGUCAUGCAGAAAAGUAGCACUUGCAGUUUUAUGUAUGGUGAACUGACAGACAAGAAGACCAUUGAAAAAGUCAGACAGACUUUCGACAACUAUGAGUCAAACUGCUUUGAAAUUCUCCUCUACAAGAAAAACAGAACCCCAGUUUGGUUCUACAUGCAAAUUGCUCCUAUAAGAAAUGAGCAUGAAAAAGUGGUUUUGUUCCUGUGCACUUUUAAGGAUAUCACUUUGUUCAAGCAGCCAAUAGAAGAUGAUUCAACAAAAGGUUGGACAAAGUUUGCACGGUUGACGCGGGCCCUGACGAACAGCCGGAGUGUGCUGCAGCAGCUGACGCCGAUGAACAAAGCCGAGGUGGUGCACAAGCACUCCCGCCUGGCCGAAGUUGCAAACAUCUCCUUAACAGUGCAGAUGGUGCAACAAGUGAAAGCCUUCAGGUUAACUGAUGAAACAGAGGUUCUCCAGCUGGGAUCUGAUAUUCUUCCUCAGUACAAGCAAGAAGCUCCAAAGACUCCACCGCACAUUAUAUUACAUUAUUGUGCUUUUAAGACCACUUGGGACUGGGUCAUCUUAAUUCUAACCUUCUACACAGCAAUUAUGGUUCCAUAUAACGUCUCCUUCAAGACGAAACAGAACAACAUUGCCUGGCUUGUGCUGGACAGUGUUGUGGAUGUUAUUUUUCUGGUUGACAUUGUUUUGAACUUUCAUACAACCUUUGUUGGCCCCGGUGGAGAGGUUAUAUCUGAUCCCAAACUCAUAAGGAUGAACUACCUGAAGACAUGGUUUGUGAUCGAUCUUCUGUCCUGUUUACCGUAUGACAUCAUCAAUGCCUUUGAGAAUGUGGAUGAGGGGAUCAGUAGCCUCUUCAGUUCACUAAAAGUGGUGCGUCUUCUCCGACUUGGUCGAGUUGCCAGAAAGUUGGACCAUUAUUUGGAAUAUGGUGCUGCCGUACUGGUACUGCUGGUGUGUGUGUUUGGACUGGUGGCCCACUGGCUAGCCUGCAUAUGGUACAGCAUCGGGGACUACGAAGUUAUAGAUGAAGUCACUAACACAAUCAAAACAGAUAGCUGGCUCUACCAGUUGGCACUGAGUAUUGGGACACCAUAUCGAUACAACACCACUGGCUCAGGGCAGUGGGAAGGAGGACCCAGUAAAGACUCUUUGUACAUAUCCUCUCUCUACUUUACCAUGACAAGCCUUACAACGAUAGGAUUUGGAAACAUAGCACCAACCACUGAUGGAGAGAAGAUUUUUUCAGUGGCCAUGAUGAUGGUUGGCUCUCUUCUUUAUGCAACUAUUUUUGGAAAUGUCACCACUAUUUUCCAGCAGAUGUAUGCCAACACCAACCGAUACCAUGAAAUGCUGAACAAUGUGAGAGAUUUCCUAAAAUUAUAUCAAGUCCCAAAAGGCCUUAGUGAAAGAGUCAUGGAUUAUAUUGUCUCAACGUGGUCCAUGUCAAAAGGAAUUGACACAGAGAAGGUUCUCUCCAUUUGCCCAAAGGACAUGAGAGCAGAUAUUUGUGUGCACCUAAACCGAAAAGUUUUUAAUGAGCACCCUGCCUUCCGGCUGGCCAGCGAUGGCUGCCUGCGAGCCCUGGCCGUGGAGUUUCAGACGAUCCAUUGUGCCCCGGGGGACCUCAUCUAUCACGCUGGGGAGAGUGUUGAUGCUCUUUGCUUUGUGGUCUCGGGAUCCCUAGAAGUCAUCCAGGACGACGAGGUGGUGGCUAUUUUAGGUAAAGGUGAUGUGUUUGGUGAUAUCUUCUGGAAGGAAACCAGUCUGGCCCACGCAUGUGCCAAUGUACGCGCUCUGACAUACUGCGAUUUACAUAUUAUUAAACGAGAAGCCUUGCUUAAAGUGUUGGACUUCUAUACUGCUUUUGCAAACUCCUUCUCAAGGAACCUCACGCUCACCUGUAAUUUGAGGAAACGGAUCAUCUUCAGGAAAAUCAGCGACGUCAAGAAGGAAGAAGAGGAGCGCAUGCGCCAGAAGAAUGAGGUGACGCUGAGCAUUCCUGUGGACCACCCCGUGCGGAAACUCUUUCAGAAGUUCAAACAGCAGAAGGAGAUGCGGAAUCAAGGCUCAGCCCACAUCGACCCAGAAAGGAACCAGCUUCAGGUGGAAAGUCGGAGCGUGCAGAACGGGGCCUCUAUCACAGGCACCAGUGUGGUCACCGUGUCUCAGAUCACCCCCAUCCAGACAUCCCUGGCUUAUGUGAAAACCAGUGAGGCGGUGAAGCAGAACAACAGGGAUGCAAUGGAGCUCAAGCCCAAUGGGAAUGGAGAUCAAAAAUGUCUCAAAGUGAACAGCCCCAUGCGGAUGAAAAAUGGAAAUGGAAAAGGGUGGCUUCGACUGAAGAACACGAUGGGGACCCACGAGGAGAAGAAGGAAGACUGGAACAACGUCACGAAGGCUGAGUCGAUGGGGUUGCUCUCUGAGGACCCCAAGUGCAACGACUCAGAGAACGGUGUAAAUAAAAACCCACUGAGGAAAACAGACUCUUGUGACAGUGGAAUAACAAAAAGUGACCUUCGCUUGGAUAAAGCUGGUGAGACUCGCAGCCCCCUGGAGCACAGCCCCAUUCAGGCUGAUGCUAGGCAUCCUUUCUACCCUAUUCCUGAGCAGGCCUUACAAACCACGCUGCAGGAAGUCAAGCACGAACUCAAAGAAGAUAUCCAGCUGCUAAGCAGCAGGAUGGCUGCCCUUGAGAAGCAGGUGGCAGAAAUUUUAAAAAUAUUGUCUGAAAAGAACGUACCCCAGGUCUCUUCCCCCACAUCCCAUUUAUCACCCCAGCGGCCCCCCCAGAUACCCUGCCAGGAUAUUUUUAGUGUUUCAAGGCCUGCAUCACCUGAAUCAGAAAAAGAUGAAAUCCACUUUUAGCAUAUGCCUAUGUGUAUAUAUGUAUACAGUAUAUAUGCAGAGGUGUAUAUAUACCUUUAUACAUAUAUAGGUGUGUGUAUAAGGUAAAUAUAUAUACAUAUAUAUUUUCACUUGCAUCCAAUAUGACUUGAACACACCAAGGAUUUUGAUAUGUAAAUAUUGCAUGUCCAGCUGGAUUCUGGCCUGCCAAAGAAAACAAUUAUUAACAUAGAUAUUGCUUGUAUAAUAUGCAGUUGACUGCAUGCACACUUUACAUUUAUUUAUAAUCUCUAUUAUGUAAUAAAAGAAUGACUUUUGUUUAACAAAGGCAAUGUACUAUUUAAAGAAUCAGGGUCUAACCUGCCAAUAUUGCCAUGACAGUUUUGAUCUCAGGCUGGGUGAAUUGAGCUUUUACUUCCUCACUGUCUUUUCUGCCAAGUUAAGCAGUAGGUUAAUGUGAUGUGGGGGACACAUUCAGACUCCAAGUUGUACCAUUUCCUGGUAUCAUUCCAUUACAAUAUACUGUAUAUUUGGUAAUAAUUCCCCUUGCUCCUCCUAAAGGGAGGGCUCAGCUCAGUUGCCAGGAAAGGGCACCGUGUUGGGUGCUGAAGUAGAUCACUGGAAUUCAUUCAUGUGGGUGUCGUGCAUGCACAGCCUUUUCUUUCAAGUAUCCUCCUGCUCUUUUAACAUCGUAAGUAAGACAUAGUAAUGGUGAUACAUGUAGUGAAAUGAAACAAACAGAAGCUCUCGCAGCUGCACACCCUGUCUAUUUGGGGGUAACAUCUUUCUGAAAAGCCUCUUUUUACUGAUGCUGUUUUUACUGAACCAUUAGAGUGACAUUAUGUAGAUUCUCUUUGCAGCACUUAGUGAUGGUGUCCGCUUCUGUCAGUAUCUUCAUUAGGAUGUCCUGUUUUUCUGAGGUUGCUCUCCCUCUGUCCCCUUCAUUGCCUCUGGCAAAAUGACUUUGAAUGAGGCCUGAGCAAGGGAGAAAGCAGUUGUGCUUCAGCUGCUCAGGAGCCUUGGGAGCAGAUUUGGGAGCUGGAAGUUAAAAGGCUGCAGUGAAUCCCCCUACACUCUCUUCUCUGAGGCUGUUUAUAUGUCUGAAGCUACCUUUGAGAAAGAGAGAAAAUCAGCAGUUAGGAUGGGAAGUUGGUGAGGGUGAAAUUCCCUUUAGCCUGAGGCACUCAGAUGAUGUUGGGGUGGGAGAAUGGUGGGUGUCAUGUGGGGACAAAGUCCUCGCCUUGGACUUGAUGAAGGUUUCAGUGGAUGAGAUGUUAAGAUUCGAGCUCAAGCUCUCUGUGCCCACACCACCAGUUGUUAGGCCUAUUAAGGCCAGUAGGUCUUGUCUUAUGUGCUCUGACCUUCCUCUUGGCUGGCUCCCAUCAGCAUCUUCCAUUCUUGAUCCACGCUCAGCCUCCGUCUCCGCCACCUGAACUGAUGCAUUGCCGUUCGUGAUGGCUUUGCAGGGCUGCAGCAGGACAUGCUUUUGCAUUUGACCCUGUUUCUUCUGCUAUUGGGAGCUGAGAUCUUGGACUCUGAGUCUACACUUGGGCAUGGUGGGUUUUUUUUGCCUGUUUCCACUGAAUGAGAAUUCAGGCAGAUGCUACUGACAGCAGAAGUGGCCAUCGUGGCUUCAGAGCUACUGGUGGCGUAGCAGAGGGCAGUGGCUCCUUCAGAGAAGGACAUCUCCACCACACUUCAGCGGCCUCUUGCAUCAAGGUCCCACAUUUUCAGAAGUGCCUGGAGUAAAACAUAUGUACCAGCCGCAAGGCAUCACUGUCAAUCAGGUAAAUAAUGUUUAUAAUUAGUGGGCAUCCUUACCAGAUAUUUUACUUCGCAUUAGGAAACUAAGUUGAACUAGGUCACUUCCUGAGAAACCAAAAAAAAUCCAAAGCACACAAAAAACAACCAACAAACCAACAUUUUUAGUAGUGGCAAUUAGGAACCUGCAUCUUUGGGUGAUCAUAUCUCCUACAGUGAAAUCCAAAACCAUAACUCCAAAAAGAUCCUAAAAAAGCCAAAGAAGUCAUUGCUUCUGUUAUGUCAGUUCAUGCAAGGAUGACAGUGAUCUUCCUGAUUUGUUAUUCCUUUCUGGCCCAUUUCUGCCUCUCUUUCAGUAUCUUUCUUCAGGAAAUUAUAGAAAGAAAAAAAAAUGUAAAGUCACUGAAAGGGACAGCUCUUCCCAAAGGCUGGGGUUGGGCUGCCUGCUCAUCAUGCUUUCUGCAGCUGCAGGUGCCAUUGUCAAAAAGGGGCAGCUAUAUUUUUCAGCUGCUGCUCUGACACAAGUACAAAUCUGCAGCCACACUUUGAUCAGCAGGGACAAUCUGCACUCGCAGAACAGCAGAACUUUCACAGUCCUGCUCUAAACCUUCCCCUGGUACUCUGACAGAGUUGUGGGGUUAUAGCAUUACGGAGUUACAGGGUUGCUGCUGGAGCGUGCACAGACCGUGGGGGUACAACUUCAGUGCCAAGUUUUGAAGACGUGAGUGUUGCUGCCUGGCUGGAGUUGCUGGCUCAGCUGGACACACAGCAGCUUGCCUCCCUCUGCCCAGAACUGCCCAGUCAAUAGCUGAGCCACGAGGCUGCCAAGGCUUGGGGUUCGGUCAGGUGCUUUGCAUGCAUGACUAUGCGCUGAAAGAGCCAGCAGGGUGGUAGGGAUGACUCUGUUAGGAAGCUUUAGCCUUAAUGGCAUUCUUCUGCCUUUGUGAAGGACUUUUUUUGUUUCUCUGUAACUGAUAUUAACUCUAGCUAGAACUGCAUGGCAUGCAAAGGGAUCUCUCUUUCAGUUUAUCUUGCAAGUCAGAUGUAACUUUGUGCCACCUUACAAUGAGAGAUCCUGUAACAGGAUUAAUCUAACCUUGAAAAUUAUUUGAGCCCGGAAUGUCGAUUGCAGUUCAAGUGCAACUAUACUGGUUAAAACACUAUAAAUAAUGUAAAAUAGCAAGUUCAUGAAACAAAUGCAGUGUUUCCAGGGUCACUUUGCUUUGACUCUGAUAUUCCAGUGUUGUCUGUUGCAAGAUCAGUGGAACUGGUCGGUGCCUUGCUCAGGCAGCAGUGUGAUGGGUGUCUUGCAAACAACAGAAACUCCCUCUGCAGAUGGGCUCUGUGUGCUGGGAGUGCAGCUGGAGCUUCAGCUCCAGUUGCUGCUGCACUGAAAAUAUGGUUUGUACAGUUCUGAAGCGUUUCGGAGCAUUACCUGUUGUUUCAUGGAGUUGUUACCGGGGCACUUGUUCAGCUUUCCCAUCUGCUAACAGCAGUGCAUGGUGUGAUCCAGCACACUGCCAGCUGGAGCGUCCCUUUCCUGUUCAAGAAGCAUGAGUCCUCAUGUCGCAGUUCAGGCUUGACUCAGAGCAACUCCUAUAGCCGUGCAAUAAGGGACCACACGUGUCCCUUCCACCUACGCCAGCAGCCACGUGCUGCAUGGAGGGAGCUCUCAGCUGCAUGCUUUCCUUUCCUGUAAGAGCUACAUACGUGUACAGAUGUUCCUGCCCCAUCUGGUAGCUGUAUUCAUAGCACGUACAAUGUGCUCCGUGUAUUCCAAGCGUUUUACCCACACACAAGUGGAUUUUAUCUUUCUGGAUAGGUUAUGAAUAGAAAUAAAACGUGUAAGCACUUUCCAAGGCAAAUGAACUAGAGUACUUUGAAUAGCAUUUUUGUGUAAUACUACCUAUAUGAGAUAGAACAGCACUUCUGGCUAAUAGCUGAAAAUAUAACUCUUGUAGUGAAGAUACAGAAGGGAAGUAUCCCUCAGUUCUUCUGAUUUUGUAUUUGUAAGUCCUGUUUUCCGUGUUUUUGUCUUUGCCAGGGGACAGGGGUUAGAGCAGAGCUGGCUCUGGAAGUGACAAGCUUAAGCUUUGCCGAUUUUUCUUUUCCCUGUUCUGCAGAAGUAGCACAACUGUAGGGAUUUGAAGCUGCUGGCACUGACAUUUGGGCUCAUUCCUAGAGUCCAGAUUGAGUCGUCAUUCACCACCAUGUGGAAAGCAAUCCUGUUACACAGGUGUGAGCUGAAGUUUGAAUCUGAUGGACAUAUUGGACCAUAGAGUGUAUUUUGGAUUCCAGGACAAUUGUAGAGACCUGCUGGCUGCAGAAUUAACGUUGCACUAUUUGCAAACAAUGAGCAGUCACUCUGGAAGUAACUGAGAUUGUCAUGCAGAUUUCAUCGUUUGCAUGGGUCACAAAACAGAUGUGCUCAUAAAAAGAGCUUGGAGGCUUUUUUGGGAAAUAGACAUCCUGAACUGGAAGGAAAAAAAACACAAAAGCCAAAGGUUUAAUAUGCAAUUUGGGAGUGAGGAGGAGGAAGUGGGAUGCAUUACAGUUACUUGACACUUUCUCACUUGGAUUUCGAGCAUUUGGAAAACCCAAACCUGUCUUUUUGGAUGUCAGAAUUGGACAAACGAUUAUUUGUUAAAAUAAACAUUUUUUCCUAAGUGAAGCGCCAUCAAAGCAAUACACAUUUUUAAGAAAAAAAACACAUUCAAAUAGCAGUUUGCUACAGAAGAGCGUUUUUACAGAUUUUGUUAUAGUUGUUUUUAGCAGGCUGUAUCUAAAGGCUUUCUUCGAUUCCUUUUUCGUAGCAGAAGCUUGUGUUAACACAUAUCUUCAAGUCUGUAGAUCUAUCGUGCUUUCUAGUCUUGCUGCCAACAUACUUGAUAGGGAGUGUUUAAGAAGUGGGGCUCCUUUGGAGAAAAGCAUCUCGUCGUGGUACCUUGUGCUCUGUGACUCUCCAACCCUGAGCUGUGAGAAUUAAACAGCAGUAGUUUACAUUCUUCUUGGCACUUGUGCAUCUGCACUGAUUCCCUUUAGGGAAUUUAAGGAAGGAAAUAGAAGAGUUGAGGCAGGCCCUUUCCUGGAUGGUCUUCACUCUUUACCUAUGUGUGUGCCACCAGAGCACAUUCCUAGGGUGCCCGCAGGGAAGGAAGGUCUGAUCAGACUACACUUCAGCAUCUGAGAAUAGGUUUUGUCAUUUCCCCUUAUUUAUUUCCAUUCAAGCAACUAACAUGAUCUCUCAUUUUUUUCAAUUGGUUUUAAUGUGUUGAGGUGCAUUUCAAAACAGAAUACUUUCUUAAAGCAAAUUGCUGAGUGGAGCUAAAAUGGACAAGAAGGAAAUGUCUUGCUUUUUCUGGCAGAAAAGCAAGAAAUAUUCAUACUGACAUAAAGAAUAUUGUGCAAAAAUCAGCGUUGUGAUAACCAACAAAUGACAAAGGAAAUAAAAUCAUCCUUCCUGAGGGUGCAUUUAAUAGUACAGAAAAUUGACCUUGUGUUGCGCUGUGGGAUGAGAAGACUUACAUUGGUUUUGAAUACUCAGAUGAUAUAACCAUUCAAAAAGGGCUUGUCCAGGCCACAAAAUACAUGAUAAAUGAUACUAAUUUAUUAUGUUACAUGAAUCUGCCUCCUGUUGCAAGGCAGGUGGAACCAGGCAUCAGGGGCAAUAUUCUCAUGAACUUCUUUAGCUGUUGUCUGUCGGGUGAAUAAGUGUAUUAUUUCCUCAUGGUUUUCUGCUCAGAGAUGUAAGCUUGCUUGGCCCACAGUCUGAGACUGUUGGUGUGCAGCAACUCUGUAUCUGGCUGUCCGCCACAAAUAUGUCAAUUAGGCUUAAUUAAACGCCCUAUAAAAAGGACUUUAUAUUAUCUUGGGAUCAGCCACCCCAGUGACAUGCCUGUAAGUUAUGUGGUCCACAGCAGAUUCAAUUCAUACUCAGCAAUGGCAAAAUCUGUGUUUCUGCCUGCCUGCCAAGGAUGUAUGGACACAUCAUAGGUGUAUAUACCUGCCCAUUCAGUAGAGACAGAUCUGGCCCGUUUUGAGUCAGGUGUUUCAGACAGGUGGAAUAAAUCGUGCUCCAGAGGUGUCAGUCUCUCAUCACUUACAGUAGAGUAACGAGUUCAGAUUAGACACUUGAUUUGUAGGCUGCUGGAGGGUAAGUUAAGUGAAUCCAGCCUAUAACUCAAGCUCCCAGCCUGAUCCCGUUUGUAAGAAAAGAUGCCCUGAAAAGAAACCACUUACCGUCUUUCCAUCACAGAGGCACUUUCAUAUAGGGGAAAUUGAAAUGUCUCAGCAUGCAUCCAGAAACAAAGUGUUCGGCUCCUAAGCUGCUGAGACAGCUCCCUAAAAACACUCAGGUGCUUGGUUCUUGGCCAGUGGUGAUCAGAUUUUUAACAUUUUACUCCAGUACCUUUGUAUAAUACUCCAGGAACCAUCAUUUUCCCAGGUGUAUGGCUCUCAUGAUACUCUCAUGCAACAGCAAGGUGUGGAUGGGAAUCACACAUCACUUUUUGGAUUGUGUAAGGCUGCCUUCUAAUUGGGAUCUUUGCCUGCUGUGGGGCAUUAAGAAUCCCAGGAAUCUCAUAGCUAGGCUGUGUCGUGCUGUGGAAAGAGGCCCAGGCUUGGAAAUGUCCAACAGAGGGAUAAUAUGUGGUGGAGAGCUUCUAAGGUAGAGUGACCGACCACCAAGUGAUUGCCCAGACUGAGCAGAGCCCUGGCUCCAUAUUGUGCAAUGUGGGGAGAGAAGAGAGAGGGAAGAAAGGAUAUAAAGAAUGAGGGUCCACAAAAGGUCACACAUUGCUGAAGUUAUUUUUUAUUAAUCUUUGUAUAGUAGUUGUUGGUACUUCGUAAUGUAUUUAUCUGGAAGCUGGCAGGGUCCUGUUUUGUACAGUUCUAUGGACUGUGCAUCAUCACAGCGCAUGGGCUCUGCCUUUGAAGCUGACCCUACCUUGAGCGGGACCAAAGAAUUUCCCAGCAGCCCUGCCUGAGCUGUGUUUUUGCAUCAUUGGUGUUUCUGGAGGUUUUAAUAGCACAAAUAUGAGAGUUCUCGGUUACGUCUCAUUAUCUUCCAGUUUUCAAUAUAAACUUAUUGAGGAAUGUGAUGUCAAUUUUCAAGGUAAAAAGUGUUUCUAAGAGCUGAUACUUAUCAAGCAGACACCAGAGAGAUUUGGCAUAUUCUUAAACUACACAAUUUAAAUGAAUUAAGGCUUUCACUUGGUAUCAGCUAACAUCCACGCUCAGUGCCAAAUGCUGAGAAGAAUGUCUUGGUGACCAUGCAGUUUCUGGAAGCAGUGGACUAAGACAGAUAGUUCAGCAACACCCACUCCCUCUUCCAUCCUCUUCCCCAGCCCAUUGAAAGGUGAUUGCGGUGUCUAGAAAUGCCAUAAAAAAAAUCAAUAGCAUUUGAGCUGAUUUUCAGUGUUGCGCUGGCAGAGAUCCAUGGGUUAUUCUUACUCCUCUGAAUUCAGCCUUCUGCUCUCAUUGUUGGCAUGUCGACACCACUGCUCAAAGAGGCUGGGCCUGUCCAUGGGGCCCACAGGGUCCGGCAACAUCUGGGGGGCCCAUGCACAUCCCUAGAGCGUGCCCCAGCCCCAUUCCCAGGCUCAUCUCCCGUUCUCUUGGUGUGAUGUUACAGGCUCAUCCCAAGUUUUAUUCUUGGCCCUUUUAGGUUUAACUGGAAAACUGCUUUUCCAAACACUCUUGACUUUCUGCGUGGCCAUGGUGCCUUGCAAAGUUACUCAAACCUUUCCAAAUAAAUCAAGCACACCAAGGCAUACCUUCUUCCAUUCUCAGUACAUUAUCUUAUUAAACAAACCUUAAUUUUUAUUUUAUAUUUGGCACUUCUUUGCGAUCUUGAAUAUUUUAGUGUCCCACAGGGAUGGCAAGGACCAGAAUGUUCUUGUUUUUUAAUGAGCCUUUUUAAUGAGAAGGGGAACUCAAAUGAGACACUAGCUUCAUGCUCAGUCCAGUAUCUGCCACAUGUGACUCUUUUCUCUGUUUUCCUCCUCCAGUUACACCUCAGGUGAAGUUCAGCACUGGCAGCACUUUGAGCUGAUGCCAUGCAGUGCUAUUAAGGGUCCUCUUCAUUUCCUCCAGCCGACCCUAGGGCUUUGCUCAUCAUUUCCUUGUUAGUUGUGCAGGGACGCUUGGGUGCUUUCCUGUCCUGGACUUGGCUUCAGAAGAAUUUCCUGAUUUGUUUCACCUCUUUUCUCUGUUGUUAUUUCAUUUUCCUAGAACAAAAAGCCUGCGUUGUGUUGGUAGGUCAGGAGAAGACGCACAUGGCUUGGUGCAAGCCAGCAAGGAGCAGCAGUGCCAUACACUUCACUUUCUGGGUGAUGGGCACUCGAGGCUGAUCUCAGGUCCAUUAGUCUGAGGUCACAGUUCAGUUUGUAAAUUGAGUGUCUUGCCCAAGCUCUCAUGGGAAAAGGGGUUUUCUUCUAAAGCAAAACAAAAUUUGUGUUCUGCUUCUAAUUAAUCUUCUGGUGUCCCUGCAGGAUUAAUUACUGCUGCCUUCACUUGUACCAUCCAAAGCUGUUUGGCCACAGCUUCUUUUUUUUUUCCCUUUCUUUUUAGGUAUAAUUAGGCAUUCUGGUAUUAUUGACAAGCUCAGUCAGGUGGUACUUAAAAGUUACAGAGCUGAAACGUCACUUAAACAUGUAGCUUCAACCUGUCCUUCUCCUGAAACAAAGAGCAGAAGUGUAUUUUUGUUCCUCGUGGUGCUCCCAUGAUGAGGCUCUUAGGAAAGGACCACAGGUGCAAGGAUGUGAUGGCAGCUUCCAGCUCUUGCUACCACUUCUUGGUGCUCUGUAAGUUCCCAGCUACAUUUUUCACUUCAGGGAAAGGCUGAGUGCCACCAACUGCAUAAUGCUAUCAAGUGGUAAAUUCAAUUUAUUGAGUGGGAGAGGCAGCAGCUAGCAGUAAGGCAGGAUUUAGGUUUUUAAAAUCUGCCUUGUGGGAAUUGGGCAAGCUACCAGAAAGACAAUAAAGGAUUUAUCUGGCAACGCAUGCCAAAGGAUUGCUAAAUAUGCGAGCGGCAGAAUUUAUUAAUACCAGUGAAAAAGCUCAUUAGCGCUAAAGUGCAAAGCAACUCUGUAAAUGUACCUUUCAGCCGUCCCAAUAAAAUCCCUCUGCUCAGAUGAGGGGAACUCAGGCCUGUGCAGUGCAGAAUUGGCUCAUCAGCUUUCCCACCAAAUUCGCACACAAAAUACAUCUCCCUCAGUGCAACAGUUAGCACUGUUUUACUGGCACAGUCAACUUUCACUUCUAACCUCAAUCUAUUUCCCUUGCUGCUAGUUUGACAGUCUCAAAGCUGUUCCUGCAGCUCAUACUGUAGUGUUUCUCAUUUUUCCCUUUGGAUAGGCGUGUUCCCUUUGUUGCUUGUUGUGAUUGUUGAUCGUUUCCUCUUCAAGAGAUCUGCGGUCCUGAAAGGGAGGUGGGAGUGAACAGAAAACCUGCAGCUUGUGAGAGUGCAGGGGAGGUGAAGAGGUCACCGAAUUUUUAAGGAAAAUGUCCCAGUAGUAAAAAUAAUGCAGCUAGUGGCUGUCUAAAGCUCGAAGGUCUGCCUGCACGUUUAUGUGCCCAAAGCCCAUUAGUAUUGCUGGGAGGCAUGUGGCAACCCACUGCACGUGCAUUAGGCCGCGAAAUACUUCGUAAACUUUACAUACCUGUUUGCUGUUCUUAAGCACGACAGAAACCCACAGCUUGUUGGGGCUUUUACAAGCAACUGCAGCUGGGGAUAUGGUGUUCAACUCUACAUGCUUUGAAAGCUACAUGAUCUGAAGCAGAGUAUUUUCCACCUUUCCUUCCUUGCUUCCUUCCUUCCAUCUUUCCUCCCUCUCUUCAUUCCUUCCUUCCUCCCUGCCUCCAUUUUUUUCCUGUUUUUCCCUCCCUCCUUCCUUCCUAGACUCCUUUCUUUUUUUUCUCUUGUCUAGGUUAUAAGGCUACCUAUUAGCCUGUAGAAACAGGCAGAUUUAAUAACUUAUGCUGCCCUAGCAGAUCUAAUGAGAUAAUUAUCUGUUUUUCUAUUUGUGUUCAGAAGAAAUAAUAUGCUAAUAGGAGCCGCAGUUAGGGCUGAUUUGUUAGUGUCCUGCUUAAACACCAGCCAGUGGCUCAGUGGUUCAGUAAAGGGAUCUCAGCAGACCUUCUAAACACUGUUCUUCAUUUGGAAGGUAAAUACCUUCGGACUCGGAGAAUUCUUACUAAGUGGAAUUAUUAUUCCACUAGUUUCUCUUACUCUCACCCAGGUCUGAGGCAUCAAGACAAAUUUCUGGUGUGGACUGAGCUUUCUGAAAGCCAAGAACUGGUGGUACUAGAAUUUUAAUUUCAAGCCCUUGUCUAAUGCAAAUGCGUCCAAGAUUGCAUGCCUUACGAAAAGCAUGCCAAAUGUAGUCAAAAUGUAGAGGAUGUGUUCGAAGCUUGGGACAGCCAGGUAAAUUGCCAUAAAAUCAGAGCCAAUCAGGGAAAGGGCACUUUAUAAUUAAUAUAUAUUUGAAUCCAGAUGACUUAUUCGCAGUGUCUGAACUGUCAGUAAUCUCCAUCCAAAUUAACUGCUCAGAAUUCAUGACUGUCUAGAAUAUCCUCGUACGAGCCAGAUUUGUACAUCAGCUGUGCAAACUCUCUCUGGGGAGAAGCACAGUUAAAAAUAAAGUUAUUACUGCUGCCGUGGAGAGGGACGGUGACAGAGACAGGGGGUUGUGCAAUGGGUGCUGCUGGCCCAGGCAUGGCCCAAAGUUCUCCACUUUUGAGUCCUUUGGGGUUUCUUCGCAUCCAGACACAUAGGAGGUAGGAGCAGAGCAUUGUGCAGUGGCAGAGCAGCUUGCAUAGGGCUUCAUGCAGUGUAGCCCCCUCCCCAAACCAGGCUUCUAAGGGUGAAUUCCCAGCUCCAUGGGGUGCCACCUCUGCCUCCUCCAUCCUUUUGAAAUGCUUAUGAGUUCCCACUUACCUUUAGACAACUAAGUCAUUCCGGGCUGUUAGAGGAAUUAAAAUCUGGAGACUGUGUACUUCGAGGAAAGGAGGAGGGCUGGGCGUGAUCUUUUGUCUGUGCAUCCCCAGCUCCCCAGGGGUGCUUGGUGACAGCAUCCCCGCACAGCAUGCUCAGGCUAUGCACAUCACUGGUGGCAGGUGAAGACUUUCCUAAGCCAACCACUGUCAUCACAGAGGACCUCACUACUAUCAGAACUUUCUGGAUUUUUUUCCUAGGCUUCCUCCUCCCCCUGAGUGAUGACUGAAAACAUGGACAUGGCUUAGUGGGCAUGAUGAUGGGUUGACCAUUGGAUGAGCUGAUCUUAGUGGUCUUUCCCAAUCUUAAUGAUUCUAUGAUUCUAAGCUGAGCCGGGAGCUGCUUUACCACUGAUCUGCAUGGGGAAAGGCUGAACCUACAACCACCCCAGCGCACCCUUGCAAAACCCACAGUCUGUGCUGAGCACCCAUCUCACUCUUCCUACCUAUCUCCUUCCUUGCUGUAAUGCAGCUGUGUGGCCAAGGUGUGGGGUUUUUCCCUUUCCCUGGGAUCUGUGCAUUGCCAGCCCAGCGCUCAUGCUGUGACAUCUCACUCAGCAUCCUCGAGCACCCAGCAGGGCCCAUCCUGUGACUCUAAUCCUUGGUUUGUGAGAAUGGUUCCACUGGAAUUAGCAGGACUUUCUUCCCAAGGGAGGAUUAGUUCAGAGGAGCAUAAUGGGCUUUGAAACCUCCUUUUACCCUUAGGCCCUUAGUUUCGCUUUCACAUUUCAAGGUGUUCCAUUAGCAGAAAACGCACCGCCCGGAUAAUCCCAUCUGUGACACUGUUACAGAGAAACUGGGCAAAACAAGUGGUUUUAAAAGCUCAUCUUGGAAAAACUGGCCUACAGAGUAACUGCAGCUUUUGAAUGUAUGUGAUUCACAGACACUGGACUGAGGGGAGGAGAAAUAUUUUGUGAAAACUCUUUUUUCCAGGGAGAAAUGGAGGGAAGGGGUUAUUGCUCAGAUGUUGUUUCUUUUGUUAUUACUUACUGCUGUUUGUACACUUGCCAAUGCAGACGGCACUCGUGUUACUGGUGAUAUUUUUGAAAAGCCCAGCUAUCUUUUUUGCUGUUGUUAAUAUACUGAGGAUUUGGGAGGAUUUUAAAUGCCUCUGCCCUUCAGGAUUAUUUCUACAAAAGCAAUUAAGAACUGUAUUUUGACAGCAGGAAGCUGAUAAAAACCCGGAGAGAGAAAAAAUAAUAAUAAUAAAGCAUUUGAAACUGAAUAGCUACAAAAGGAACGCACCUCUGCUACCAUAUCGGAAAUUCACAAAGCGAUCAUGAAUGACAUCAAGGAAGGACCAUCCUUCUACUGAGACCCAUCCAUCAGCUCACGCAAAAUGGACGCUCCUUGGCCACUCGCCUGCCUGCCAAGGAGGGGCCGUGGGGACGCUCUGGUGGGAGGUGAUAGUUCUGUCAUUCCUGGACAUUGCCACGUGUGGUCAAUGCACAUUGGUUCAUCCGUAGCAAAGUUUCUUGUUGCACUUUUCUGUUUGCUGAAUUUCAACAACAAGGAAAAUGUGGGUCACUUUAAAAGCAUUGGCAGACAACUGUUUCUAACCCAAAGGAUUAUGGGUUUUAGCACAAUGAACUGUACUUCUUCAGGGAGGAUCAACUUUGAUUUUUUUUUUUUUUUCCACACGUCUUUAUUUACAUGUGGCUAUAUUUUCA